AUGGAUCGCGGCAAGGCAUCCCCCAUUCUGGCUCCCCGUCGCGAUGCGUCCAGUCGAGUCGGCAAGCCUGAGUCCGCUGCAGAGAAACUUGCAUCCUUGAAGGCGAGAGUUGCGGCGGCAGUUGGCAGCAGCAAAGCAAAGGCUGGCAUAAAUCUCUCCCAGCAUCCUGCUUCAGUCACUGCCAGAGGUGGUCUGAACGUAGACCUUCAUCCAGCUCUCCAAGAUCUUGGACAAUACAAACCUUCAAAAAAUAUAGCACCGAAGUUUGCGACCAGCAUCGGAAAUGCGCGACUUCAACCAGAAAACUCUCCCGUCAAAAGCAAGAAGCAACUCGACCUUUCUGGACCUUCAGCUGAGGAGACACGGAAUAAUCCAUACUUUGACCUUAGCUUGGGUGGGCAGACUGCGACGUUGAAAAAUAGACAUUCGAGACAGUUGGUAUUCAAUCAGAAGGGGAAAUACAUUCAGCAAGCGAAUGCCCUAAGAAGACAAACCGCCCUUGAGGCGAUGAAAAAGCGUAUCGCGGAAUCGUCACGGAAGAUUGGAAUUGACGAGGAUCUCGAUACAGAAAAGAACUAUUUGGUGGAAGCGCCACCGAGUAUCGAAUGGUGGGAUGAAGGCUUGGUUGAUGGCGAGAAUUACGACCAUAUCGAUAGCCCCAAGAGGUUGAAAAUUGAUUCUGCCGACUCAAUCAUCACCGAAUAUAUCCAGCACCCCGUCCUUCUGGAGCCACCACAAGAAAAGAAUAUGCCAGCCCCCAAGCCCAUGUUCCUUACAUCCAAAGAGCAAGCGAAGCUGCGACGUCAAAGAAGAAUGGCCGACUUGAAGGAGCAACAAGCUAAGAUUCGACUUGGUCUGGAACCGGCUCCACCGCCCAAGGUGAAGAAAGGAAAUUUGAUGAGGGUACUGGGUGAAGAGGCAGUGAAGGAUCCAACUGCAGUUGAGGCUCGAGUAAAUCGAGAGAUUGAAGCCCGACACCAGACACAUGUGGAGAUGAACGAGGAUCGCAAGCUUACGAAGGAGCAGCGGCACGAUAAGCUAGCCAAGAACCAAGAGAAUGAUGCUGCCAAGGGAAUACAUUUAAUGGUGUUCAAAAUCAACAACCUGGCUAAUGGAAGUCAUCGUUUUAAGAUUGCCAAGAAUGCAGAGCAAAUGGCCCUCACCGGUGUUUGUAUCAUGCAUCCCCGAUUCAAUGUCGUAGUUGUUGAGGGCGGUGAGCAUAGUAUUCGACAAUAUCGGAAGCUCAUGCUCCAGCGUAUCGACUGGACUGAGAACUCACCAACCAGGAUCAAAGAAGGCACAAAGGCAGAAGCGCUGCAGGACUGGCUCAAGGCAGAAGAUGAAAGGGGAGAGCUCAAGGAUAUGACUUUGAAUAAAUGUGUUCUGGUCUUUGAAGGAGAACAAAAGACUCGAGCAUUCAGAAAGUGGGGAAGCAAAGUUUGUGAGACUGAUAGCGCAGCUCGCGAGACGUUGCAGAGAGCGAAGAUGGAGAAUUUCUGGGCACUGGCCAAGAGCAUGAAGUAG